AUGAAUGCUGGAUCAGAAUUUUCCAAUGAAAGGAAAUCGAUUUUCAUCUCCUCCGCGACGCUGCUGCCACCGUUCGUAGGUUCUCAGUUGUCUGUACAUUUUCCUGCGGAUCUGCAUCAUUCUCCGUCCCUAUCCCUCUCUCCCUCUGCGACGCUGCUGCCACCAUUCACGAGUUCUUCGUCGUCUCCGUACUUUUCGCUGCCGCUUUGGAGAACUCUGUGUUCGAUCCAACCAUCGGCGCAGAUUUGGAGCGGAGAUCUAUUAUUUCUAUUGUGGGUGUGGUGUAUGUUAAUUUUGUGUUGCAGAUUUGGGGUGGUUUCUGUCGAACUGUGUUGUUGGGUGCGUGCGCGUGGGUGCGGUGUCGUGGUGGUGGCCCGUGGAUCAGCUCUGCGAAUUGUGGAUUUGAAAUUACAGCAAAGUGGGGAAUUGUCUAUUCCAAUAACUAAUGACAACAUAAAAGCAAUCAUUUUUGAUUUGUUUUCCGCAGGAACUGAAACUUCAUCUGCAACAAUAGAUUGGGCGAUUGCAGAACUAAUGAGAAAUCAAGAUGUGAUGGCAAAGACACAAGCUGAAAUAAGACAGUGCAAUUUGGAAAGAAUCAAACAACUUAGAAAACGGAAAAAUUUGGAGCUUUGCUUUUUCUUUUGGGAUGAAGGAACCUCGCAUCCCAGCCUUGUAAAGAACAAGGAUAGUACCAUCAACUUGGAUGAUAUGUCAAAAUACAAAGAUACCCCAAAACAAAGAGGCAUGUCAGAAAGAGAUGUUGCAACAUUUUCUCAGUGUCAUAGCACAAGAAGGCUAGACAUAAGCAUAUGCACAAGUCUCCACCCCAUCUAUUGUGUAUGA